AUGUUCACAAGGUCUUCAAGGGCUUCUAUACUUGCGAGAAUGUCCGGGAGAAGAUUCCGAUCCAGUAAACGGAAUAUGGCCCUUUGUAGAGGUGUCAUCUCUACCUACAUCGCUCUGUGCAUGGGGCAUAUCGUUGGAAGACAGGUGACGGUUACGGCGGACAUUGCAUUAGCGAAGUGUUGGCUUGAUGAUUGUGUUGAAAGUCACGAGAUUUGCCCCAAGUCAUUAAAUUCUCGACUACCUUCUCGAAUUCUCGAUUUGGGACCUCCUGGGGGCGCUUCCGACCUACGCCUUUUAGUCAAUGUUGAAAGUUGUGGGCGCUAUGCAACUCUGAGCCAUUGCUGGGGAAAUUCACAACCACUGAAACUCACACAAACGACUUAUGACGAGUUUCAAGAGAAAAUUGCAUACGAAAGUCUACCGAAGACCUUCCAGGACGCCGUCACUGCCACACGAUCACUGGGACUGAGGUAUCUUUGGAUAGAUUCUCUGUGCAUCAUACAGGGCUCUAAGCGCGACUGGGAAGAGCAAUGUACAGAAAUGAGAAGGAUCUACAAGGAUUCAUUUGUCACGUUAGCUGGACCUGCGGCGUCUGGCUGUGAUUCCGGGUUUCUUCAUCAUGCUCGGCACACUUCUUCCCAAGCGGCCUUGCAGUGGUCAGAAGGCGAAAGUUUUGACGAAGCCAUCCUAUCGCAUCGCAGUAUCAAUGAGAGGCCAUAUACUCUUGUGCCCGAAACAGACUCUCCGCUAUCCAAGAGGGCGUGGGUACUUCAAGAAAGACAGCUUUCAAGCCGAGUCCUUUACUUUGGCAAAAAGAGAAUGUACCUCGAGUGCUUUACAAACGUUCGAUUUGAAGACUCUCAUUAUCCGAUCAUAUGGGAAUAUGCGGAGAUCAACAUGGUUGAAAAAUUGAAAAUUGACCGGCUGGGAAGCCACUUUAAGUGCUUUAAAUACUGGGCCGAACUUAUCAAUACCUAUUCUUCAAUGGAUCUGACCAACAUGACUGAUAGACUCCCAGCACUCUCUGGCAUCGCAUCAGAAUUUCAGCGAGUGACCAAUGCCCGAUAUCUAGCUGGCGUUUGGCUGGAGGACAUGCCUAGAGCGCUGGCAUGGCACAUUCCAUUCUACACAAACUCAGGUGCCCCACAGUUGACUUCGGCAUCUAAUUAUAUUGCUCCAUCUUGGUCAUGGGCCGCUGCAAAAUGCGGCGUAUUGUUCGUCAGAAACAUUGUCGACAAUGAAUUCUAUAGCCACUUAGUAAUAAUUGACGCUGGGACAACCCCGACAGGCCUAGAUCCAUUCGGUAUGGUAGACGGUGGAUACAUUAUCGCAUCUGGUAAAAUACAGAGUGGGCUGGUACGAGAACUUCCUGACUUACAUGUGGCCGGACGUCGUACACUCUAUCUUCAAUCAAGCAACUCAGAACGUGUUGCAAUAUACGACCCGGAUGAUGCCAGUAGAGUUUUAGGAUCCGAAUUUAGGGUGUUGUUACUCUAUCUAGGCAUGUACCGAGUAGGAGGGUGUUGUGUGGCUUUGGGAAUUGAGCCAGUUGAUGCUCAUUACAACACCUAUAGGCGAGUUGGGUUGGCAUAUACUGACGCGCUCCUUUACCAGCCGUGGGUUCAUUUUACAGACUUUUUUCGGGGUACUAGCCAAAGCCGUCUGCGUCUGAUCUAG